CAACGUCUGCAACACACGCGCUUCCCUGCUCGUCUCCUUGCUAUAUAUUCAAGCUUCCGCUGUUCUUGUAAACCUUCUCUCUCCUCAUUCCUCCCUCUCUCUCUUUCUCUCUCUCGGGCUUCUUCGCGAGCGUAGUGCGCGUACAGAUUCAGGUUCAGGUUUGUUUUUGAAGCUAUGGGAGGUGCGAUUUUGCCAGAUCUCGGCACUGAGAUCUUGAUCCCAGUGUGCGCCGUUAUCGGGAUCGGUUUCGCGGCGUUUCAGUGGUUCCUCGUCUCUCAGGUGAAGCUCGUCCCCGGCGCCGCCGCGGCAUCUACGAACUCCGGCGGCCGAAAAAACGGUUACGACGACUAUCUCAUCGAGGAGGAGGAAGGUCUCAAUGACCACAACGUCGUCGUCAAGUGCGCCGAAAUCCAAAAUGCCAUCUCUGAAGGGGCUUCGUCCUUCCUCUUCACCGAGUACAAGUACGUUGGCAUUUUCAUGGUUAUUUUCGCAGCCGUGAUUUUCGGAGCCCUUGCAUCUGUGGAAGGAUUCAGUACAAGUACUCAGCCUUGCACUUAUGACAAGACUAAGAGGUGCAAGCCCGCACUUGCCACUGCUCUCUUCAGCACCAUAUCCUUCUUGCUCGGGGCCAUCACUUCCGUGGUAUCGGGAUUCUUGGGUAUGAAAAUCGCUACUUUUGCCAACGCAAGAACCACCCUCGAGGCAAGGAAGGGUGUCGGGAAAGCUUUUAUCACCGCGUUCAGAUCUGGUGCCGUCAUGGGUUUCCUCCUCGCCGCAAAUGGCCUUCUGGUGCUCUACAUUGCCAUCAACGUUUUCAAGCUGUACUAUGGCGAUGACUGGUCUGGACUGUUCGAAGCAAUCACUGGUUAUGGUCUUGGAGGUUCAUCCAUGGCUCUCUUUGGUAGAGUUGGUGGAGGCAUCUAUACCAAGGCUGCUGAUGUCGGUGCUGACCUUGUCGGAAAAGUUGAGAAGAACAUUCCAGAAGAUGACCCGAGGAACCCAGCUGUGAUUGCUGACAAUGUCGGUGACAAUGUUGGAGACAUUGCCGGUAUGGGAUCCGAUCUCUUUGGUUCGUAUGCCGAGUCAUCUUGCGCUGCCCUUGUUGUUGCAUCCAUCUCUUCCUUUGGUGUCAACCAUGAGUUUACCGCCAUGCUAUAUCCUCUCAUCAUCAGUUCCGUUGGUAUCAUCGUAUGUUUAAUCACCACAUUGGUCGCAACUGACUUCGUCGAGAUCAAGGCGGUGAAGGAAAUCGAGCCAUCUUUGAAGAAGCAGCUAAUUAUCUCAACAGCUCUUAUGACGGUUGGAAUAGCGAUAGUUAGUUUCAUCGCUCUUCCAUCUUCCUUCACAAUCUUCAACUUCGGAGAACAGAAAGUUGUCAAGAACUGGCAGCUGUUCUUGUGUGUAGCUGUCGGUCUUUGGGCUGGGCUCAUUAUUGGGUUUGUAACGGAAUACUACACAAGUAAUGCAUAUAGCCCGGUGCAAGAUGUUGCUGAUUCAUGCAGAACCGGAGCGGCCACAAAUGUCAUAUUUGGUCUAGCUUUAGGAUACAAGUCGGUUAUCAUCCCCAUCUUUGCCAUUGCAGUGAGCAUCUUUGUCAGUUUCAGCUUUGCUGCAAUGUAUGGUAUUGCAGUCGCUGCCCUCGGAAUGCUUAGCACAAUCGCUACAGGAUUGGCCAUUGAUGCAUACGGCCCGAUCAGUGAUAAUGCCGGAGGAAUCGCUGAAAUGGCCGGAAUGAGCCACAGAAUCAGAGAGAGAACCGAUGCUCUUGACGCUGCAGGAAACACCACUGCUGCCAUCGGAAAGGGUUUCGCCAUUGGCUCGGCUGCUCUUGUUUCCCUUGCUCUCUUUGGCGCCUUUGUCAGCCGAGCUGGAAUCUCCACCGUUGAUGUUUUGACCCCCAAAGUCUUCAUUGGUCUGCUUGUGGGAGCUAUGCUUCCGUACUGGUUCUCGGCCAUGACAAUGAAGAGCGUAGGCAGUGCAGCUCUCAAAAUGGUUGAGGAAGUUCGGAGGCAAUUCAACUCAAUCCCGGGACUUAUGGAAGGUACGACCAAGCCUGACUAUGCCACUUGCGUUAAGAUAUCUACUGAUGCUUCCAUCAAAGAGAUGAUCCCUCCGGGUGCCCUCGUGAUGCUUACCCCUCUUAUCGUCGGUUUCUUUUUCGGCGUUGAGACGCUCUCUGGUGUUCUCGCCGGUUCCCUCGUCUCAGGUGUUCAGAUCGCAAUUUCUGCAUCUAACACCGGCGGUGCUUGGGACAACGCGAAGAAAUACAUCGAGGCGGGGGCUUCGGAGCACGCGAGAUCUCUUGGACCGAAAGGAUCGGAGCCUCACAAAGCCGCUGUAAUCGGAGACACGAUCGGAGAUCCGCUCAAGGACACAUCCGGUCCAUCUCUCAACAUCCUCAUCAAGCUUAUGGCCGUCGAGUCUCUCGUUUUCGCUCCCUUCUUCGCCACUCACGGCGGCUUCCUCUUCAACCUUUGGUGAUAAGUCUUCUCCUCCUGAACGAAGACGCAUUCUCAUGUCACCAUCAGAUCCUAUUCUUAUUGUUUUUCCAGUUGAGUUUAGGUGAAAGAAAUCGGUACGGAAACUUUUUCCUCAGUGAGUGAUUUUAUUUCUAAUGAAGUUUUCAACUUUUCUCUUCUUUGAAUGAAGCCGACAUGAACGUAUGCAUGUGUUUCUUUCUUUGUCCUGUGUUCCAACUUCGGACCUGUCGCCGUUCUCGCCGAAACGCGCCUAUGUGCGUUUGUGAUGUGGACGGGGUACGGUCUGCGUGUGUACUUAUUGCGUUUAAGCAAA